CUUUGGCUGACAAAGUCUCAAGGGAGGCAUACCUUUCGUAACGACCCUCGUGGGCGGUGCACCAACCCAAGCACGAGGUACGACUCCCUACUGUACGCGACUAAGUGGCGCGGGCGUUUCAACAACCAGGUCCAAGUAUGUUUUGCGAACAGAAUACGUGUCGUGAACUAUCAUGGGGCGAUCCAAUUCUGCGCUCUGUGAUUGUCGUACGCAAAAAGCUAAGGCGGAGCUGCUGGUGGCCUUGCUCGAUGGCUGCCUGCUGGCGGUAUGGGCCCAGAAUAGCAUCGCGAAAUGGGCAAGAGACGAGAUACGGUUGGACCCGUGAAGGAUGCCUGUGCCACUGUCCGUUUCACACCAGCCUCUCACAAUGCUUUCCACCGCGUAGCGUCGGAGCCAACUCCGUGCCGCGACUCCUUCGCACUCUGCACGUGACGAAAAACCGGUCACCGAGUGCCCGCAGUAUCGUGAGUGGCUAGAUUGCCUCCAGUAUGCCGAAGAGCGAAUUGCACUCCAGCGUAGCCGUGAUGAGGCGUCGUGGCGCGGAUUGCGUACCG